AAAAUAUGCCUCGGGCUGUUAGGUAGCUUGAACAUGCAGAAUGGUCGCACGUCCGCACAAGAAAUACUAUGUGGAUGGUGUUAGUUCAAAAUGAAUAGAGUAUUGUUGAUUAUAUUAUGUUAGAAGGGCAAUAAAAUAUUUGUUCAAUUGAGAGCUGUUAUUUAAUCAAAGGAGACGAGCAAUAGGCACGGGAAGUUUUACAUUUGGAGUGUCUUAAAACAUAUAUUACUGUUGCUUUGAUUUUAUAUAAGAAAUGAAUCGAGUCCGGUCUUUUUUCUUGUUUAUCCUGGGACUGAUAUUAUUGGCAAUGCUUUCACUCAUGCGAGUUGGCUACAGAGUGUUUGAAAAUACACCCUUACAUGUGACGGAUCACUACAACAUAAAAGUCAUGCAAGCUGCUCAAGAUGGCAAUUUUACUUUCUCCAAAACACAAAUUUAUCCGUUACCGAAUUGCCAGAAUUUGCUUAUAAAUAUGACUUCAGGUCAUUGGGUGAAAAAAACAAAUUUGGAGGAAUAUGCCGAUAAACGAGUUCAAAUAAUAGAAGAAGAAAAAGAAAUUUGGUACCAUUUGAAUGAGUUCUGGAAUAAGAGAGGAGUUACUACAAGCUUUUGGAGGUCUGAUGGCAAAUGUGGAUAUAAAGUAAAUCAGAAACGACCUCCAAAUAGUACGUGGCCUGCGACAGGAUCUUGGUGUGAUAAAUACAGCAGUCGUCCAUGCUGCAGUGAUGUUAAUUCUGGAAUUUGUAUGGCACCUUCAGAGGAAAAUUGUAAUUGUAACGGAUGCUACGACACAAGAAACAUUGCCCAUGCCGAACUUAGCAAAUGGAUUACGACGGAUGCCAGAUGUACAUGGCAUUAUUAUUCUACAGAACAAGCAUGCGACAUCAUCGAAUCAUCGAAAUACAGCAAUAUUAUUUUUGCCGGAGAUUCAUUGAACCGUAACAUGUUUAGUGCGUUAAUGUCGUUGCUAACUGGAGACAUAGUUUCCGGGUCUCUACCCAAAGGAAGACUUUCCGGAAGCUGGAGAAAAAUAUGUACCGGGCCUGAAAGAUAUUACUGGAAACAAUGCCGCGAGUCGCCUAUGUAUUUGGGAUGGGGAUUAGAGAAAUAUAACGAAGGCGUAAUUAAGACGUGCAUACAGAAUAUAAACACCGUGUUUAAAGCCAAACGAGCGUGGAUAGGAAACUUGGGCAUAUUUAAAAAAGAAGUAGAAACUGUUCUAGGUCAAAAGGGUUCACUUUUUGUUUUUGGAUACGCAUUACAUAUUGACUGUCAACCUGAAAAGUUUGUACAAAACUACCUUACUCCAAUAUUAGACAUGAUUGAUCAGUACUAUCGUACAAAAACGAAUGACCGUAACGAAGAGAAAUGGCCAAAGUUAAUCGUUACCUCAGCUCCGAAUUCCGGUUUGAUGAAGCCACAAAUGGUUCAAGUCUCACAGGGCCCAAAUACGUGCAGCAACUUCAAUCGUGUUGUCCGAGACACUUGUAAUAGGCUUAAAAUUCCAUUUCUUGAUUUCUUUCCAUUUACAACGGGAGUUUUUAGUUUUGAUGGGACUCAUCAUGCUUAUGACGUCAAUGCAUUAAAAGUUCAACUAUUUUUAAAUUAUAUAGCUAGUGAAAAGUGAACAAAACUUAAGCAUAGUUUUUAUUAUAUAUCGUGAUCCUGUG